GCGAAACGGCGCGGACGCAAUAUCGAGCGACCUGGUGACCUCUCCGGCCAGUGGAAUUGAUUAUUUUCAGGAGAGUGAGUUGCCCUGUAUAAAAUAUAUACAUAACGUCGACCAGCUAGAGGUAUGACGCUGGUCAGGUAGUCCGUCAUGGAGAGCCGCUCGGGCAGCAUAAAGGAACCCAUCUACUACCCGGAGAAUGACGGCACGUCAAGCGGUGGCGGAGGUGGCGGCGAAUCUGCCGAUAAGAGUCAACGUAGCUCGCUCGGCAGCCAGGAUAUAAGUCUGGAUGAUAGCAAUGCGCUCAAAGUACCACGAAAAUUCAUCACCAACUGGCGACAGGCGUGCGAUCGAACUCGCGACCGGACCAAGGACCUGCUGAAGAGAUGGCGAACUACCAGCAGCAACAUCGACGAGCUCGCUAUCGCGCCCACCGCCAUCCCCAAUCUCGAACAGCCCAGCUGGAGCGUACACGUGUGGACGACCUGGGUAAGCCGCUUUCCGAGUGAUAAUAGUUUAUCCGCCAUUAAUGAGCUCGGUAAAAUCGGAGGUUCAGAAUCCUUAGCACCCAUACAGCGUGAUAAGUUCUCUCAUUUUUUUACGUAUCUCUUGGACCACGAUAGAGACGGUUACAUCAGCAGAAAGGAUUUCUCGCUACUCUCGGAGCGUUUGAGAAGAUUUGCGGAUUGGUCAUGGAACGGUCCGGAAUAUUUGAGGCUGCUGGAGAUCGAGAACGGAUUCGCCGGAUUGAUCCUUCAAGAUAAGAACAGGAAGUUGGCGAACGUUGAAUCCGCAGAGCCGGAUAAAAAAGUCGACCUGGACGAUUGGUUGUCCUGGUGGGCAAAUAUCGUCGCACCGCUGGACGGUGCAAGCUACAACGAUAUGCCGUUUUGGAUUAAAGUUAUGCCCAGGGUGUUCUUUCUCGCCAUAAACAGCUCCGGUAGCGGAAUGAUCAGCAAGAAGGAACUCGCGGCCUUUUAUGGAUCCGUAGUCGGCCUGGACACCGACAGGAUAAACAAGUGUUUGGAUAUCGCGUACAAUUCCAUGACCUCGAAUGGAGAUCAUCCCCUCGGCUGGGUGCAGUAUCAGCUAGUGUUCGCCAACUUCCUGUUCGGUCGCGGCCCGUUCGGUCCGGGAGAGCAUUUCCUGGGCAUGACGGAUUCCUGCAUGAUACGCGAUAAUACUGUACCGUUUCCCAUCGAUUAUUCCGCGAUGAAUACCCCGCGGGAUAAAUUAGAGGUAUACAGUCCCCAUUGUAAGAGCAACAGGCGAAGCGUCGUAGUUUAACAGUAAAAUUAUGUAAGAAAGUUCCUUCUAGUUAUUGACGUAACGUGCACAAUUAUUCCUCGAGAGUGCCUAAUAUUCUAUAUUCUGUAUCGUAAUUAUUAAUAUAAAUUUAUUUUAAUCAAUUUGCAGAAACAUUGCGAUAAGACGAUCAAAGAGAAUUAAAUAAAUAAUAUCUUGCACGAUUAUGACGGCGUGUGUAUACAAAAAAAAAUAUAUCAACUUUCUAUUAAAAAUAUAAUUAAUGGUAUCACAUUCUAAUAUAUCAUGACACUGCCAUUUAUUUUAUGAGAGCAAUAUGAGUAUCUCAUGUCAAACGCAUGUAUAUUUAUUUUAAAGUAUGUAGAACAUAAAAAAAGUUUCAUUCCCCAUCUCCAUUUCCUCAAAAAAUAUAUAUUUGAUUAGAG